AACUAAUGAGUUUAAUUUAAUUGGCAAAAGUUUUAUUAGACGCUUCCAGUCAAAAAUUGACACAAUAAGUGCAAAAACAUGGACCAGGACAAGCAUCAAGGAAACACCAGCCCCACAACAUCCGAUUCGAGUUUAAGACUACCGACCAAGGCUGCAAGCAAUGCAACUGACGAUGCCUGGGCAAACCAAGACACAAUUCACUAUUUGUCUCCCGUUACCACAGCCCGAACCCUUUGCGAGGGUGAUUUUGAUUAUGGAGCUUUUGCCCCGUUUUACGGCAAGAUGAGUCUGCCUCCGUAUUCUACCGAGUCUUCGCUGUCGUGUGAAGAAGCUCGUUUGCAAAGAACGGUGGCGAUUAUCAAACCGGAGGCAAUGGUUUACAAAGAUGUUGUGCUGAAAGCCAUCGCCGAUAAGGGGUUUAGCAUUGUUAACCAAAGAACCCUGCACUUAACACCUGAACAAGUUGCUGAAAUUUAUGAGCAACACUAUGGGUGUCCUUCGUUCCCUAAUAUGGUGGUGUCCAUGAGUUUGGGUCCGUGUUUAGUGCUGUCCUUGGCGGGGAUGAAUUCGAUUGAAAAGUGGAAAUCUUUAGUAGGACCGUAUAAAACUCUGCAAGCUGAGUGGUUUUUACCACUGAGUGUGAGAAAGAGGUUUGAGGUGCAUGUGGAUAUUCCUGAUGCUUUGCAUGCCUCCGAAAAUGCCAAAGAGGCAACCAGGGAAAACAGAUAUUUUUACCCUGAUAGUAUUUUGGAACCCAUCAUUUGUGACCAGUACAAAGUGGAGGAUUAUUGUAACUUGUACAUUAAUCCAACUCUGUUGAAAGGAUUGGUUGAACUUGUGAGGAAAAAGCCAGUGGAUCCUAUAAUUUUCCUAGCAGAGUGGCUUCUUAUGAACAACCCUUUUCAGCCCCAAGUUCCGUAUAAGUACGCAACGGCUCCCACAUAAAUAAAAACUUUCUCAAAACA